AUCCGAUGCAUCCGAUCGUCGCGAUCGCGGUGUGGACGAAAUGACCAGCGUCCUCAAGCUCCAGAACAAGUAGACCGCUCAGGAGUGUCAUGGUCACCUGACGGAAGGACUGGUAACAGAUACUUCGAGGCUAAUGGAAGAUACUACGUUGAAAUACAGGAAUUACAACCGCUUCCCGAUGGAAAAUAUCACAUUGUCAGAAGAGUCGUUGAAACUGGACAACCUCCCAACCUACCACCCGGUCACGGAGGCCAACAGAGUUUUCCUUAUCCAGGUGGAGGUCAGCAACCUGGAGGAGGUCACAACGCUGGAGCCGAGAUCAGCAACCUGGAGGAGGUCAGCAACCCGGCUCAUCGUACCCCGGUCAGCAACCUGGCUCAUCCUACCCUGGUCAGCAACCUGGCUCGUCCUACCCUGGUCAGCAACCUGGCUCAUCCUACCCUGCAACCUGGCUCAUCCUACCCUGGUCAGCAACCUGGCUCAUCCUACCCUGGUCAGCAACCUGGCUCAUCCUACCCUGGUCAGCAACCUGGCUCAUCCUACCCUGGUCAGCAACCCGGCUCAUCUUACCCUGGCCAGCAGCCGGAUUCUCCAUAUUCCGAUCGAGACGAGCCACCCAGCUCAGUACAUGCCCCUGACCCUGGAGAACCACCAAGCGUGCCGGAUGGCUUGAGCAAGACGCAGCUACCUCCACACUAUGGAGGAGGAGCCCCGCCUUCACACCCUCAACAUUAUGGCAGUGGAGAUCGUGAGACCCUCCCACCAAUCCAGUACGACGAAACCUGGUAUGAACCGCCUGGCCAGGGAUCUUACCCAAGACUGUUGUUCUCGCCCCACCAUGGUUGGCGUGAGAUGACGGAGGACGAAGUUCGAAGAGUAAGACGAAUUCAGCCGCUCGCGGAUUACGAUCCGCUGCUUUCUAAACCCGUUGAUAGGCUCCCCGAUCAGAAUGGUAGGACUCCGCCAGGAGCUGGUUCCAGC